ACACAGAUCUCAAGCUCCCCCUCUCCUGUAAGAAUGCUGCUUCUACCAGAGACCAGAACUUCCCAGGGAGUAACCUGCACUAGUGGGGACAGCCGCCCCCAGCACUCUGAGAACUGGCUCAGCAGGCCUCAGGGCUGUUAGGCCACCUGAAUAGGAGACCAGCAGCUCCCUAGCCUCAAGUUUUUCCUGCCUCCUUCCUUCCCUUUGGUCUUUCUCAGGGUUUAUCAGCUCCCCCAGAGUUUGCUUCAUACAUUUCCCUCAAGACGCGAUCCCCAUCAGGACUGCGCCUUCAUCUCCACCCGUUUGCCCAGACAGAGUCCUUCCAUGUAAUUGGCUCAUUUCUCAGUUUCCCCUUAGGCCUUGCUGUUUCAGAGCUAGAGCAACUUUCUUUGUAUUAAAACUCUCAGUUGUUCUAACACAGUAUAAUAUGUCAGGAAACAGGCACAGUCAGAAGUUGUAACAAUAUCAAUGUUGUAAGACUGGAAAUCUCAACGCCCCACUAGACAUUUCCAUACCUGGAGCUAUUUUUCUGGGGUUACAGGAAAGGGGAGUCCCCUCAUCUAUUAUUAAUAGUUCUCAGCGUGGUGGCAGCACCACCUCUCAGCCCCACCUCCUCUACCCCCAGGUGGCCCCAAAUCCCCUCUGAAAGGGUACGGUUCAGGUAUCAGCAUAGCAAUCUAUAAGACUUGGAGUGGAGAGGGUAUGGAAGGCUUAGAUCAAAUGUCCUGAGCGAAGUAGGACCAGGUUGUCCCCAACACAAAACAACUGGGAAGUAGCUACCAUGGACUGGAUCAGGCCAGCCCCAGGCCUGAACUAAGACAGUCCACAGCCCUUGGAUUAGUCACGGAACCAAAGAAGACAGAGCACAGGGCUGUGCCUGACAGGGAGUCUGGACUUUCUGGUUUUGGUGUGAGCAGGGGAGGGGCCUCCAUGUAGGGGAGGGCUGGAAGCUGGGGCAGGGCCCCAAUCAGCUAUGCAAGGCUGCAUAAGCAGAGGCAGCACAGAACAGAGAGAGGAUCACAACAGCCUCCAGAAUCUCAGGAGUGGACACUGCCACUCUGAACACCUCAGGCACCACUCCUGCUCCAAAGCUUGUAACUCUAUUUGUCAUUCUGAGGCCUCUGCUUAUCCUGUACCCCAGGAAUGGAGCCGUUAUUAGGAGCAAAAAUUGGCUGCCUGUUCGCUCUGCUGGCUCUCACCCUAGUCUGUGGCCUUAUUCCCAUCUACUUCAAAUGGUUCCAGAUCGAGGGAGCCACAGGUCGUCACCACCGGGUCCUCAGCCUCCUGGGCUGCAUUUCUGCUGGUGUUUUCCUGGGAGCAGGGUUCAUGCACAUGACCGCUGAAGCCCUGGAGGGAAUUGAAUCCGAGAUCCAGAAGUUCAUGGUGCAGAACAGGACAGAAAGUGAGGGAAAUUUUUCUGGUGAUGCUAAUUCAGAUCAUAAGGACUAUCCCUAUGGAGAGCUCAUCAUCUCCCUGGGCUUCUUCUUGGUCUUCCUUUUGGAGUCGCUGGCAUUGCAGUGCCGCCCUGGAGCUGCUGGAGGAUCAAAAGUGCAGGAGGAGGAGUGCGGCGGGGCUCAUGUCCUUGGACUCCACAGCCAUGGCCCUCUCCCCUCACCCUCACGCAGUCCCUUCCGAGCGCUCGUCCUCCUGCUGUCGCUGUCCUUUCACUCGGUGUUUGAAGGGCUAGCCGUGGGGCUGCAGACGACAGUAGCGGCCACCGUGCAGCUCUGUGUUGCUGUCCUGGCUCACAAGGGGCUCGUAGUGUUUGGGAUAGGACUGCGGCUGGUGCAGACAGGCACUGGAUCACGAUGGGCUGCGUUCUCCAUACUGUCUUUCGCUCUCAUGUCCCCCCUGGGUGUAGCCCUCGGACUGGCUGUGGCUGGAGGAGACUCUGAAGGGGGGCAAGGCUUAGCCCAGGCUGUGUUAGAAGGCGUGGCAGCUGGCACCUUCCUGUACGUCACCUUCCUAGAAAUUCUGCCCCGGGAGCUAGCUGGCUCUGAGGCCCCUCUGGCCAAGUGGGGCUGUGUAGCCGCUGGUUUUGCGUUCAUGGCCUUUAUUGCAUUGUGGGCCUGAGCGAUUCCUGACUUUUCUGAUGGACUCCUCUGGAAUGAGCUCCCAAAUGGCUUUGGCCCUCAGACAUUUCCCUCCUGAGACUAAUGAAAUUCACUAGGCUUCGUCCCCAUGAACUGGACCCCAGCUUUUCCUACAUGAGAUCCCAUUGCUCACCCAGGACUGAGAAAAGGGUGUUAAUUUUAGGUUGAGUGCCUAUACCUUGGAGAACUGAUAUCAAGACCAUCAUUCCAGAUUUGACUCUUGUCCCAUUUUUGCUACCUUGUGCAAUAAAAUGUCGUUUUACCCUUCCCUUCA